UCCAAACAGUUGCUUUUCCAUCUGUGGGGGAUUCUGCGAGAUUUGCAAGUAGAAAUAACUUUUGAAGCCAAUAAAAGAAAUCGUACUAACCAUGAAAGUCAGAAAAGGAACGAAAUACGUAAUUUUAAUCAAUUAUACCCACAUUUUGGAAUGUUCCAGAUAUUUUAUUAAAAAUCAAUUCUAACCUCGCACGAGAGCAUUUUACAAGCCGAGAACUCCUCUAUCAUUUAAAUUCAAGAUGGCUGCGCCCAUUUGGACGGAGAGUUUAGAAAACUUCAUCAGAGGAGAGCAGGACAGUGGAAUUACAACGAUAGUCAGUGGUGUCAACAAUGGAGACAUCACACUGUUGAAACUUGUUGAAAUGCUUGGACCAUAUCUCACCAGCAAAGAAAGUAACAUCCGAGGCAGAGGUACUUUAUUGCUAGCUGAGAUUCUUCAUCGUUUGCCGAGGGACAAGCUCUCAGCAGAGGAGACUGGGUUACUGGCAGCGUUCUUCUGCGACCGAUUGAAAGACCAUCAUUCCAUCACUCCGCAUGCCAUUUACGGCCUGCUUUCUCUGAGCAUCUGUACUUCUUUGCCGGCCGGGGAUGCAGCGAAAAUCUGCCUCAACCUCUUCAAGGAGGUCAGGGUGCAGACCCUGGUGCAGGCAGACAGGCAGUCCGUCUUCUCAAUCAUCAGCAACUUCCUGUAUUCCAGACUUGAGGAGCUGCGGGAGUUGGGGUCAGAGUUUGUGUAUGGCUUUAUCCAGGCCAUGGACAGAGAGAAAGAUCCCCGCAACUUGGUCAUGGCCUUCCAGACUGUCCAGACCUUGAUUGACCACUUCCCCAUCAACAUUUUUGCCGAGGAGCUUUUUGAGGUGACAUCUUGCUACUUUCCUAUUGACUUCCGGCCACCGCCCAACGACCCUCAUGGCAUCACGACAGAGAUGCUGGUGGCAGGCCUUCGCAGCUGCCUUGCUGCCACACCUAAAUUUGCAGAGUUCUGCCUUCCCUUACUGAUGGAGAAGCUCUCCUCCGAGUUGCAGGGAGCCAAGCUGGACGCCUUUGAGACUCUGGCAGCUUGCUCUCCGGUCUACGGGGCCAAGCAUCUCAAGGAUUACUUGGAGGCCGUCUGGUCGUACUGCAGGAAAGAUGUGUUUCAGUCCUUCAGCCAAGAGGUUGAGCAGGCUGCACUCGGAUGCCUGUGCUGCGUCGUCAAGGCGGUAUCUGACGACAAGACGGAGGAGGGUGCCAUGUUUUCUCUGGACUGUUUCCUGGAUGACAUCCUCAAAGAAUCACAGAAGCACAUUAACGAGCCUGACAUGAGGUUCAUCCAUCCGAGCUGUCGCCUUCUGCAAGCCGUGGCAAGCUCUUCGGAGGCUGUGUGUAGCAAGGUCUUGGCGUACACACUUCCCUUGCUGCUUGACCAGUUCGGCAAACAUCUGCAGGCGAAGCAGAGGCAGAGUAUUCUCUCCAUUCUCCAAGCAUUCGUCCGGGUUUCCCUGGCCUUUCCCUACACCGAUUUCCCCAACCCUGUCUCUCUCCACAAGGAUGCACUGCUUUCCGUUCUCCUGUCCGUGCUGUCCGAGACCAACACUUCUCUCAAAUCAGUGUCAGCGGCAGGAUUGAGUGUCUUGGUAGAGACUAAGGGGCUCCUCGAGGAAGAUGAUGUGGUUCUGGUUGCAGAGCAUAUGACCAAGACAUUCCUCAUUGAUGUCAACGAGGAUUUGAGGCAAGACUGUGUCAAUGCCCUGACUCACAUAGCAACCCAUUACCCAUCACUCACCGCAGAAAAGGUCCUGCCAGCAUUUCUGGAGCAGUUAAAAACAGAACAAAUGGAAGUGGAAGCAGAAGGAGACAACCAAACAGUGCCACACAUAUCCCAUCAUGCCCUUCUGAGCAGCAUGGCCGCCCUAGCAACACAGCCCACUUUAGUCGAAUGUAUAGUGGACAGACUAUUGGUCCACCUCCAGUCACUUAGUAAUGGUGAUGCCACAUCGAAAGCAGAAGAGUGCAUCUGGACAUGCAAAAGCAUCCUGGCAAUUGUUGCCAAUAGCAGGACGGACCCUACAAACCUCAGCUUCUUCCACCGGAAACUCUUGCCCGAAAUCCUGUGGAUGUCCCUUAAGGCCGCUUUGGAACCAAGGUCAUCAGAGGUCGAUACCAGCCAGUUGUUAUGCAGGGAAGAGGUCAUUGUACUUCUGGCUGCCAUUGUAAGGAAUGUGGUGCAGUGUCUUGAGUCAAGUUUGGCUUCAGAACUUUGUCAGCAGUACAUAGAGGUGUUUCACCAGCAAAACCUCAACAAAGUCAGCAGCAUCGGGUCAACAGAGAAUUCAGAAUUAGAUGCAGUAUUCAAACCUCUAGAGAUUGGUUCCCCUUGGCCACAAAGCCAGCUGGUGGUCUUGCUGACCGCCUGCAUCUGCUCUGUCCGCAGAGGAGUGACCAUCCCUAACGAGUCAGAGUUGUUACCCAGCCUGUUGGCGCUGUCCACAGGCAGUGACCACGAGCUGACCGCAACGACCGCUGCAAAGUGCCUGGCUGGACUCCUCAACAAGUUUGGUGCAGGACCUGAGCUGGAUCAGCUUAUAGAAAUGUGUAAGCAGCACUUGUUGCCCAGGCUUCAAUCAAGCAGUGCAGGAGAAACAAGGCAGAGGUCAUUGACCUGCUGGAUAUGGCUGACCAAAGCGUUCCUCCUGAGGUCACAUCCUUCUUGCAACGACUUAGCAUCUCGUCUUGUCAGUUUGUUUGAGGAUGACACCCUGGGCAGCUCAUCCGCCCAGGGGUUGUUUGUCAUCCUGAGCGACAGCGAAGAUGUCCUGCACCCUUCCUCCCACGCCGACGUGAAGCUGAUGUACCGCCAACGCCUGUUUCUCCAGCUACUACCUGGGAUUAUCGAGGGUCACUGCAAAACAGCACAAGGGACGAAGAAAAACUACCUCCUAUCCCUCUCCCAUCUCCUCCACUUCGUGCCCCGCCAGGUCCUUCUCAGCGAACUCCCGCCUCUCAUGCCCCUUCUGGUCCAGUCCCUGCACCAGGAGGACAGCGCCCUGUAUGAGUCCGUCCUGGAGAGGCUGGCCUUGCUGACCCAUGAUGCCCCGGGCAUCAUCUCACAGUACGUGGAUUCGUUGCUGCCCGAUCUCUUGAGGCUUUCAGGCUGCGAAGCAUCCAUGAAAGUGAGAGUUGGUGCCUUGAAGUGUAUUGGUGAACUGACCACCCUUGAGCACCAUAAAGUUUUCCCGCAUAAACUAAAGGUAGCCAGGGGUCUGAUACCCAGACUGGAUGACAAGAAAAGAGUGGUCAGGAAAGAAGCAGUCAAAGCCAGGAAUUUGUGGAUGAUGCUGGGUUCACCUAAAAAGUGAAGAUCUGAGCUAUAUCAGCCGCGGCGACACCUUUUUUAUCGUGCAGUUUGCUAAAAUCUAUUUAGGCAGGAGUAGCCGUGAUCCAUGUUGAGUAAUGGUUGAUUUGGGGCUGAUUGAUGACCGCUUCACGAGGGUCUUAUUACUACAGUAUCUGUGGAUGACAUUUCCAACCAUAAUUUUGUUCCUUCUCUGCUAAGCAAUGGCAGAACCACACAGAUGCUGCAACAGUAAAUUACCCGUGGCAAGCAAGAAGUCUUGUACGUAUCGUCUAAACCAGGGCCCAUUGUCAUGUUUUAAAGUGGAACACUCAGCAAUUGAUGGCGCCUUUAGAUGACCAGAGCCCUUCAGAAGAGCAACACUGCGAAGGGCAUUAAUUGUGAGGUGCAAAAAAAAAUUGAAUUCCAAUGCCAAUAAAGUGAAACAAAAUCACACAGUAUCUAUCCCUGAUAGUAUUCAUGACCAGUAUUAUCUCCUUGCUGAUGUAUGUAUGCCAAAUGAAAUAUUUCUUAUAACUGUUAAGUCUACGUCUUUCUUAAAAUGCACGUUGGCUGCAGCAGAAUAUUUCUUUGUUUAAACUCCAAAUGGGUUUGAUAUUUUUGGACCUGGCAGCAGGGGUAGAUGGAUUCUUCCCCCCUCCCCCCAUCGUGACCGUCUUGUUGACUAAAUCUGUGAAGUUUCAAUUCAAUCCAAUGGAGGAUUUUCCGGCUAUGGUCAUUUGUGUUAGUCUUUCUCAGUUGUCACAGCCAAUGCAUUGAACACACCAGUGGGAAAGUCAACCCUUUUUUGGCUUUCCUGUUCUCAGAACAACGAACAUUUUGUGAUAACAAUUCCUCUGAUUUUCUUUAAAAGGGUAUGAAAAUAACUGUAAGACAUGAGCAGAAAAACUUCUACACGCCUAGCAAAAAAAUUGCAUUUGGAAAAUAGGGGAUCUUUUACAUUAACCCUCACCCAUUAUUCUGAUUCAGUGUCAGUGAUACACUGGGGAUGCCAGUGCACAAUCCAAAAUCUUGACAAUAGUGUUCGCAAUCAGAAAUUUGUCUCUUUAAAACUGUCAGGUUCACACUUUUGCACUAGUUCCUUGGAUCAGAGUUAGGGUAUAUUGCGUCUUAGUAAGCACCCUCGAGUCACAAAGUUGCAACAGGUUAAACAAUUGUAUGUUUCCAGCAAUUUUCUUCAAUAAUUUUACUUCAUUUUUUUUCUAAACACCCCUCUCACCACGUCAUGGAAUGUUCCUCUCGUGAGAAGUCAUAAACAGUCUCCUUAUUUGGAGAUGGGCAGGCGCAUGGCAUGUACUGCAUGAGGUGGUGCACAGCAAGCCCAUGAUUUAUCAACCGUGUAAGAUUGGCCAUGUAAUGGGCUGUCAACCAGUAGGAAUAACUAAACUGUUUUAGGUAUUUAAGGUAUAUGAAUUACAAACAUAAAAUAAAUAAAACAAUAAAACAUGAAAAUAAAUAGAAAUUUUUAAAGUGAAAUUAAUCUUAUGACGAAUGUGCAUUAAAUUUGUGUCCCUGCAUGUCUGCAAUGUCUGCAUGGUAUUGUUUCUGUCACUGCGAACUUGGAUGCAAGUCUGUUUGAAUAGUUGGCAGAUAUUGUGAUCCUUUCUUGUCUGUGUACUUUUUGUUAAUUUCAAACUGCAUUUAUCAAUUUAAUAUUCUAAUUGAUGAAGAUCUUGGCUAUUGCUGCAAAGUGUAAGACCAAGGAGGAAGGACAAUGGAAGUUUUCUUCAAAGAGGGUGAGAGUUGGAUUUUCGGGGCUCAGUCCCCCAGAUUGUAUUCAUUUUCAUGUUAAUAUGUUGAAAAUUAUUUUCUGUAUUUUUCUUGGUGUAUCAGGGCUUACAACUCAAUGAAAUGUUCGCUUUACCCUCGCAACAAAUACUUUAUUUUGAAGCAUUUGGGUUUGCACGCAACCUUGUAAUCACUUAUGGUUGAUUGGUGGAAAGUUCGAAGAGUUAAGUGAUUUGCAUAUACGGAUAUAAAGCCCAAAUGGGCUAUAAGUUUUGCGCGAAUCCCACUACGUUCAUCAUGGUAAGUAGCGCGCCCAAUAGGGCGUAUUAUUAUGUAGCUUCUUGCACGCGUCUAAGAUGAGUUGACGUGAUGGCCUGACAGGUUGCCCGAUUCGGCCGAGUUUCUCGUCGAUCGUGGUCGUCCAAGGGACCUUUCGUUGUCCAACCUAGCUGGCUU